UUCCGUACAUUUCUCUUAUACUGUAUUUAAUACUCAUUUAAAACUACUUUUAUUAUUAAACUGUGUUUUGAGUCUCAACUCAUCAAAUGUCUCAUUAAAUUAAGACCAUUAAAAGUAUAAUUAUAUUAAUUAUAUCAACAAAAUCAUUAAUGCUCAGAUGUAGUGCAACUUCAUCCGAUUAAAAGGUAACUGAUCAAGAAAGGUCUCCACAAAAGCAGUGAUACUCCGGAGUAAUGCCGGGCUAUGAAAGCGAAAGGUUUGUCAGUUUGUGUCAAUCAGAUCGCGAGGAGUUCUCGUGCAGUAUAUGUCAGGACAUACUGAGGGCGCCGGUUGUCGCCAAAUGCUGUCGACAGACCUUUUGCGAGGACUGUAUCACCAAUUGGCUCAGUGCCGAGACUACCUGCCCAUAUGACCGACAGCCGUUGAACACCGAUGGCCUGUCCCAUCCGCCCCGCCUUUUGUUGAAUAUGUUAUCAAAAUUACAGAUCAGCUGUGAUUUCAAAGACAACGGCUGUCAAGAAGUGGUUACAUUGGAACAGUUGACUCAUCACACAUACCGGUGCCCCUAUGGCUUAGGAAAGUGUAAACAGUGUCUGUGUAGUGAGCAAAAGGUAGGUCACAGUUGUGUCCACUCUUUGCUGCAAUUGAAUCGUAAGGUUAGUCAAGCGAAUAGUGUAUUGAAACGGGAGUUACUGUUAGCUAUGACCAGAAAUGGUGAGACCAGUGCUGCCGACGAGAUACUGGUGCCCGUCAGUCAACUCCAGAGACUAAUCGAUGAGAACAUUGAGAUGAAGGCCGAGAUUGAGAUUAAGCCACAGUCGGCACCGGUAGCCAUAGACGACGAGUCUGAGCCCAUAGCCACCAAUAGGUGUUGUGUUAUAUUAUGAGAUAAACAUAUCGUAUUGAAUGACAAAACCUUGGUGAUCCCACUC